AUGGAUUUUUACAAACUUUACGAAAUCGAAGACUGGACGUGUGCAAAAGUUGUAGAAUAUUAUCGUGCAAACUCAAUGCAAAAGGAUUGGACAAGUCUGGAAGGUAUAAUAAAGAGUUUUGAGUGGUUUAGGAAAGCUGUGACUUUCGACGUUAAAGUGCAAGCUGUGACUAUUUGGACCGAUUCGAUGAAAGAGAGGAAUGAUAGUCCACAGUUUAAGAUUGGAUAUCAGAAAGUGAAACAACGAAUCCUUGCGACUGGGAAUGCUACGACCAAUGUAAAUGAUAAUCGUCACACAGGACAUUAUCGAGAUGAAGUUACGGCUCAGGUCGAAGCUACUAGUGUGCAAAAAACUCCCGAAAAUCAAUUUUACCCACCAAUGUUGAGUACAUCAUUGAUGAGUGAAAUAUUGUCUGAUUCAUUAGAACAGGAUGAGGAAGAUGAACAAAGAAAUGGCUUUGAUGGAGAUGAUGAAUUCACAUUCAAAGACAAAGAAUUAUUCACAUGA